AAUCUCGUUAAAGAUUCAAGUAGCGCCACUGUCGACUGUUUUUUUGGUCAUGGAAACAAGGUUGGCUUUAAUUUUUUGAAAACUAUAUUCUAUUGCCUUAAAUAUCACAACAAACUUGGACGCGUGGGGUUGGACCAGAGCUUGAUUCUUCAAUUCAUUUUUUUAAAAAUUUAUUUAUCUAGCUUAAAGAUGACUGAUGUUGAAAUGGAUGCAUUGGCGGACACAGAUACUGAAGAUGCAGCAGAUGAACAUGUUCCAGAACAAAAUAGCUCCAUUCCAAAGUUAUUUCGACUGUCUAGUCGUAUUGCAUCCUUAAAAAGAAGAGGAAAACAUCGAGAACCAAAAGAAACUGAAAAUGAAUUUGAAUUUUAUGCAGAUGACCACGUAACAGUUAGAGCACCAAAUAACUUAUUUUAUUUGGCAAAAAUUCUUGAAGAUGUGUCAGAUGAAACAGAACAAAUUAAUGUUGCCUGGUAUGAUUUGGUAUGUUCUAAUACAUACAAGGUUUCAUAUGAUGAUUCAAUUUACAGAGCAACCAUCAUUACACAAGUUAAAGUGAAGGAAGACAAAAAAUCUGGUUUGUAUUUUAUAGCAAAACAAAGUUUACAAGAAACAAAUCAGCUUUUGAGAGAAGCAGUUGGUGGUGUUAAAGUUAUUGGGAGUCAGGAUAACAUUGGUAAUGUUAUUGAAGCAGACAGUGAAAAGGGUUCUGAGACUGAGGAACCACUGAAGAAAAGACCUAGAAGAAGUAGAGAUGGUAAAGCUAAACCAGGCAAGCCAAAAGGGCCAAGUUCUGCAAAAACAAAAACGAAAAUUCAGAAAAAUCUGAUUCCCAACUUAGACAUUGAAUUACUGGAGAAAGACCCUGUGUUUGGAGAGCCAAAUGACAUACCUUUAAUUUCAGUAAAAUGGGGAAUAAAGUCUGUCUUACUAGAUGACAUGAAAGAAUUGAAGCGCUUACACAAAGAUACAGCCAAUAUAUACACCGUUCACUGGGCAAGAAGUCCGCAUCUGAGUUAUGGACCUGUGCACUAUGCCUUGUUAAUGGAGAAUAAGGAAGCAUUAAAGAUUUUACAUGAUCUCGAAGACAGAGAUGAUGUUAAUGCUGAAAGACCUAAAACAAACUUAGAAGAGAUAUCAACAGGAGGAUAUGACUUCCGUACAUUUGGGCAUGCUGUUCGAGUUGUCACAGUUAGUAGAGGAAAUCAAGAGGGAAACAAUGCUUUUGUGUCUGAUAAUGAUGGUGAAAUUUUUACGGACAUUGAUUUGCAAUUAAAAUUUGCACUUAAGCACAAUCUUUCAUAUGAUUUCAUCAUGUGGUACUUUAAAAGGCUCUUAAAAAUGAAGGAUGACGAAUUGUAUGACAUGAUGUACGUAGCUAUAGAAAACGGACACUAUAAGUUAGCUGGUGCUAUCAUGACAAAUGCUGUUAAAACAGACGCGUAUGGGUAUAAUUUUUUACACAAAGAGGUGUUGUCAAGUAAGAAAAUAUCACUAUCGAAGUUUAGAAGUCCGUCCAUUACAAAGAAGCCAUAUUCCAAGCAGAUUUAUCCUCUACAUUGCGCUUGUAUCAACCCUAAUGUGGAAUAUAUGCAACAGCUGUUUGCUGUUCUACCUGAGUAUACGAUACCUGAUUAUCAACAAAGAGGGCCAAUUCACUAUGCUGCAGCUUGUGAAGGUGAUGGUCCAAUGAAAUACUUACUCUCAAGGGGGGUUGAUCCCAACAGUCACGAUACCAAGCUAAAUACUCCUCUUAUCAUUGCUGCAAAGACUGGACGUGCUCAUAACAUUCGUGCACUGAUGGAUUGCACUAUUGAUACUGAAAAUGAAGAAGGUGAAAAUAAAAUCGAGAAAAAAGUAAAAAUCAAUUUUAAGAACAAAGGUACCAUGACUGCCCUCCAUUAUGCUGCAGAGCGUGGGUUUAUUGAUGUUGUAAAAGUGCUUAUUGAGCUUGGUGCAAGUAUAGAUUUACAAACGGGUGCUGGUAAAGAGAAUAUGACUCCACUUGGUUUUGCAGCACAAAAAGGACAUUAUGAUGUUGUUAAACUUCUUGUUGAAAAGGGUGCUUCACCAGAUAAGAAAAUGCGACGUUCAAAAACAGCUUUAAUGUAUGCAUGCAUGAACGGCCAUAGUCAAAUUGUUGCAUACUUACUGAGAAUCGGAGUAAACCCAAGUGCCGAAGAUUCAUCACAAAAUACUCCAAUCCAUUAUGCUGCAGCAUAUGGUUGGUAUCACUGCGUUCAGUUAUUACUGGAAGGUGGUGCAAAUGCAGAUAAACCAAAUAAUUGGAGGACAACACCUUUAGCAGUAUCCAUCUUAAAAGGACACAUGGAAAUUAGUGAACUUCUGUUAAGCGUUGAUGUCGAUGUUGAUUAUGCUGAUGAAAUGGGCCGCACAUUUGCCAUGAAACAAGUUGUGAAAGAUUUUACAGACGAAAUGGUCAAAAUUACAAAAUUUCUGAUAAAAGAAAAACAUUCUGAUGUCAACAAAACUGAUAUCGAGGGUUGGAAUAUUCUUCAUCACCUUGCAUCAAAUUCCAUCUAUGAGGAUACAGGAUAUGACUGUUCAUACCCAGAGCUCAUCAAAAGCUAUAGUGAUAUUUGCGUGACUGUUGCUGAAUUUUUAAUAAAGUCUGGUGUUGAAAUGAAUGCCAUGAACAAAAACGGAGAGACGCCAGUUAUGAUUGCUGUUCAGCAGAAAAAUUUUCCAUUGGUGCAUUGUUUACUGAAGAAUGGGGCAGACGUUUCUGUUGGAAACACUGUAAAUGAAAAUGAAGACAUACUCCAUCUUGUUCUGAAAAACGAUGAUGUUAAUUUUGAUGGAAUUAUUGAUCUUGAAGAUCUAUAUGGAGAUGAGGAAUCUAAAAAAGAAAUCGAAAGUUCUACGAAUCACAAUUGGAACAAUGAAAUAGUGAAGAAGAUAUCACAGAAGAAAUUAAACAUUGCUUGGAAAGAAAUCGUUGAAGCUUUAAUUAGAAGUAAAUGCAGUAUGAAUGGCAUAACAAAGAAAGGAGAGACUGCAUUGCUAAUGUCUUUUUCUGGACCUGGUGAUCUGACUAAGUUAUUACUAAACCAUGGCGCAAAUCCCCUACUUGGUAGAAACGAAUUUGGAGAAAAUUUUUUGCAUGUUAUGGCACGGAAAUGUUAUUGCAUUUCAGCUGUCAUGUUUUUGAAGGAGAUACUAAAAAAGUACAACCUAUCUGAAGAUUUUGUAAAUGCAAGAGAAAAUAAUGGUUUAACGCCGUUACACUUGGCAUGCAUGGUUUACAACAAGUACCGCACUCACCCUGAGAUGGAAAAAGCAGCGGAUUUUAUUGCCACCCUUCUUUCUGUUGGCAAAAAUAUUAAUGUUGCAGCACAAAUUGGUAAGAAAACAGAAGGAAUAAAUAUCAGAAGAAGGGAUAUACUGGAAUUGAGUUAUCAACCAAAUUGUAGCAAAGAAAAUAAAUGCGAGUUUAAAGAAUACUGCAAAUAUGGGCUAUGUACUGCUACGCAUUUGCUUGUUCUGACACCCUUUCAUAGAACUUCAAACUUAUUGAAAGAAAUGUUAAAACAACAAAAUAAAACAGAAGUAAAUAGACUGGAUCGUUAUGGACGUUCACCUUUACAUGUGUGCAUCAAGCAAAAAUCACUCAUUCCUGAUUGUGAACAUUUUGAAGCCAUGUUAAAGAACCUGAUUACAGCUGGGGCUGAUGUAAACUUGCUUUCUGGUGAUAAGGAUGAAGAUCAUUGUGCCACACCACUUUCUCUAGGAACAAGAAAUUUGUCUGCUGUGAAAGUACUUCUUUCUGCUUCUGCAGAUCCGAAUAAAAAAGAUAUGUGUACUGGUCGCACAUCAAUAUCAUAUGCUGUUGAAAAUAAAAAUGAGGAAACAACAUUGGCUAUUUUAAAAUGUCUUCUGCAAGCUGGAGGAAAUGUCCAUGGUAGGGAUAAUGAAGGUCGAACUGCUCUUCAUUAUGCUGUUAAUGCUACCACUGGAGACUAUGAAACUUUGACAGAAGUCGAAAAUUUCUUGGUGGAUAGUGGAGCAAGGAGAGAUCUGGUAGACAAAUUUGGACGGCUACCUCUCCAUUAUGCUUUCACGAAAAUGGGAAGAGAAAACGAUGCUUCUGCAGCCGAUCCAAUAUCUAUUGUAAAUAUGCUAUGUGACGUCAAUGAAAAAGAUCUCACAGCGUUUGGAAAAGGCAAAGAGGAAGAACUCAUCACAAGAUACAUUAAUUGUGCAGAUGAAAAUGGAAGAACACCACUUCACCUUGCAGCACUACAAGGAGCAACUUUAUGUUGCCUUCACUUUAAAAAGAUGAAUGCAUCCGAUACAGGAGAAGACUGCGAUGGAAAUACGCCAUUGGCUCUUGCACUGCGAGGCAAUCACCAUGGAUGUGCAAUGAUAUUAAUUCAACAUGGAGCUAACGUCAACUGCAAUAUUACUACACCAGUGUCUCAAUCUGAACUUAAAUCAUAUGAAAAUAGUUUAAAAGAAAAUAUAUGGGCUUACAAGACAGUGAUCAAAAAGCCUGCUCCAAAAACAACAGGAGCAUUUCAAAUUGCCAUUCGGAAUGACUGGCAAGGCAUAGCGUAUUUAAUGAUGGAAAUUGCUGGUUUACCCUUUAUUGAAGUUUUCAAGGCUGCUGUGUCUGCUUACAAACCUCAACUUUUGUGGACGAUUAUGAAGAAACAGAGAAAUAAGGAGGUUUUUCUUGUGAAAUCUGAAGAUAACAAAAAUCUACUCCAUUUCUUGGCAUGUGCUGAAAGAUUUUCAGAUCAGGCGAUACCAAUCGCAAAACUGCUAGUGGAAGCUGGCGUGAAAGGAAAUGACAAAGAUACAAAUGGCGCAACAACAUUACAUUACGCUGCAAGCACAAAUUCAGAGUUGUGUGAAUAUAUAGUAGAUAUGUUCCCACAAUGCGUGAACAUAUGUGACAAUAAUGGUAGAACGCCAUUGGUUUACGUGCUUAAUGAUGCAAAGAAUGCUGGAAAACUUGAUAAACAUCAUGUUGUGACUAUCAGGCUUUUAAUUGAAAACAAGGCCGCUUUAGAUGUAGCCUACCAAGGAGAUUCUGAUGGCAAUUUUACCAGUGUAUUAAAUGACAUAAUUGCACUUGACGAUGAUGUAAAUUUUGCAGAUGAAACAAAACAUUUGAGUUGUUUGGAAUAUUUGUUGGAGAAAAAGAUUGAUGUAAAUUUUGUACCAAAAAAUGGUAAAUCAGCUAUGAUGUGUGCAGUGUCGUUUAAUAUGGAGAAGAAGUUGCAGCUUCUGCUAAAGCAAAAACCAAGAUUGGAUCACCAGGAUGAGAAUGGCAACACAUGUGUCCACUAUUGUAUCCAACCUAAUCCGUAUUGGUCACAUGAGAAUGUGAACAUGCUUCAAAUGCUCAUCAAGGCAAAAGCACCAUUCAAUUCAUUGAAUCUCAAGGGUGAGACUCCGUUGGAUUUAGCAAGCAGACAGAAAUCUCAAGUGAUGUAUAAAGAACUGAUCAAACGAAAAGCAAAGAGCGGUAAUAAAAUGGACAUUGAUGGUGACAAUACGCAAGAACCUGGUUUCCAAUUCAACACAAACAUAAGUGAUUACUGUGACUAUGAUAUUAACGUAAGUGUUGAUGCUGAUCAGGAGAUAACAGACAACAUCGGAGAAACCGUUCAAGAUAUUAACACGGUAGCAAAAGUUGAUGCUGAUAUCGAAAUUGCAGAAACUGGGGAAGUAUACAUUGAUCCAAUCACGGAAGUUAGUUAUGAUGCAAUGUUGAGUAAAGUGGACUGUCGAUGGGGAAAAUAUGGGUUAAAUUUGUUUUACAAACUACAGAUCGUGUGCGAUAAAGGUCGGGGGCUGUGGAUACUUUUUAACAAAUGGGGACGCAUUGGCUUACGUGGCCAACAUCAGCAAACACCAUAUUACACAGCGGACGAAGCAGUUGCAGAAUUUAAAAAGAUAUUCAAAAGCAAGACUGGAAAUGAUUGGGAGGAUAUUGACACAUUUGCUAAAAAACCAAAGAAGUAUUUGCUGAUAAGAAAUGAACAUAAUCCUGAGAAGAUGUUACAGCAUCAUAAGCAAGUGUUGAAGCCGUUUGAUCUUAAAAACUCAGCACAAUCUAAACUUCCAAAAGAAUUAGAAGAAUUUAUGAAACCAAUUUGUGAUGUAACAGAGAUUUGUAACCUGGAAUCCUAUACACAACGUUCAGCUAGCCUAAUUUGUUUCGUUAAAAAAGAACAAACAGACCUGGCGAAAGAUGUUUUGGCGAAAAUUAGGAAAAUAUUGGAAAAGUUAGAAAAUAGCGAAGAUGUUUUUGGUGCGGCUGCGAGGGAUAGUACAGAAACAGCGUAUGCAGAGAUUGAACGUUUAAGUAACGAAUUUUUCAUGUUGUUGCCUACUGAUCACCACAAAUACACCAGCGUUCAACCUAUUAACAAUCUCAAUGCGCUGGAAGAGCAAGAAAAGAAUCUUCUGUAUGUAACAGAGUUGAGCUCCACCAUGAAGAUACUGCUAGCAGCCCAACAUAAAGCUAAAGAUAUCAAUCCGCUCGACUAUUGUUUUAAAGCAUUAAAUUGCCACAUCGAAGUAUUGGCACCACAAAGUGAAGAGUCACAAGCCAUCUUAAAAAGCAUAUAUAACAAUCGCGCAGAAAGGAAAGUUACUGGUAUAUUUCGAAUUGACCAACCGAAUGCUGAGUAUUAUGCAAAAAGAGCAAACAAGUACCUUUUGUGGCAUGGUACAAAAGCUGUCCACUUGAUUAGUCUACUUAGAAAUGGUUUUCAAAUUAACCCAAUGUAUGCCAGAAAUAUUGGAAGAAGAUUCGGCGAUGGAGUUUAUUUCAGUUACGAAUUUGCCAAAGCACAAGACUACACAGAUUACAAAAAUGGUUUUGUUUUGCUUUGUGAGGUCGCAUUGGGAAAAAUCACCAACAAAUGUUGGGAUCCACCAGCCUCUGCUCACACACUAUGGUUAAAGAAAUUAAAUUAUCCAGACCCGAAGGACGAUAUUACUAUGCCUUAUGGUGCGAAAUUGCUGACUGGAAAACUAAUUCCUGAUCCAGCGAUGGAGAAAGAGGACGAAGACUUAUUUAGUUGCUAUGAUGACGAAAACGAGAUAGUUGCACGAGAUCCUAAGCAAGUAAAGAUUAGAUAUAUUAUAAGUUUGACUACGUAGAUAUUUACACUAUGAUGCUGUUGUUGUUGCUGUUGUUUUUGUUUUCGUUACCAAUGUGCGAUUCUAGAAAACCAAAAGAUGCGUGAUUCUUCGCAAAAUGUUUUGAAAAUUUAAAAACUUUUUACUGUUUUAAUAAGAUUAUUUUUAAUAAAUUUUACAUAACAUCAGUAAUAAAAAUCACAAGAAAGUUUUCUUUUUAAAUGGGAAAGCUGAUAUAAUGAAGUCUGUGUAAUUUGUUGUUUUCCUCUUUGUCAUUGUUAUUGUAGUGUUUUUGUUAACCACGUGGUUGUUGUUGUUGUUUUUUAUAUUUUUUAAGUUUUUUUUUCUAAUUAUAUGGAGGAAGGCAGUUACACAAACAUUUGAAAUUAACCUGGUACAUUGUAUAUGUGAUAAAAAAUGUUUGCAUGAAAAGACACAUUUUCAUUACUUUGGCUCAGAAUGCAUAAUUUUAAAGUAAGUUAUGCUCAUAAGUUAUUCAAUUGUAAGUACAUAUUUAAGUCAACAAAAAUAAAGUUUUUUACCGCAAUCCUGUACUAAAGUACAGGAAAACAAAACUUUAUCAUGAAUUUCACUGUUAUUCUGCCCAGCCGUAUUUUGUUUUUCUCUCGUAUAUUGUAUUUAAAAAUUUGUUCUUACAUUAUAUAUACAUCAAUUUUAAAUUUUAGCUGACAUACAAAAAAUUAAUUUCUUUAAUCUAUUGUAUUUUAACCUGUCUGUACCUUUUUUCAUAGAAAAAAACAAGAGA